GUGUGUUGAAUGGGUGGACGAAUGCACGCUUGCUUACUUCCCUCUCCCUCCUUACUUUCUACUCUUCCUCGCUUCUCAUUCCUGAUCAAAUCUCCUCUCAGCAGCAAAAAUAAAUAUCUCCAAAUCAUCCUCUUGGACUCUUAAAUUUCUAUUUUUUAUUUUCAAAUUCUUUCACAUGUCCACUAUUCUUGUUUGAUUUCUUUCAUACAUAUACUUUAGCUGACAGCCACUGCAUCAUGAUGUUCAAACAAAAGACUUGGUACAGCUUUAUCUGCAGUCUGAUACCCUUUCCAGAUCCAUUCCAGGCUUUUUUAGCACUUCGCCUGCUUUUUCUCUGAACCAAAAAUGAAAGCUUUUAUAUUCCCUCCACAACUCCAACUAGAAGAAAACAUGUCUAAUCUAACCUCUGCCUCCUGUGAAGCCAGCGUCUCCUCUUCCUUCGCCUCCCCAAACCAAAACCCUAAUCCUCCCCCCACAAAGAAGAAGCGAAAUCUUCCAGGCAACCCAGAUCCCGAAGCUGAGGUGAUUGCGUUAUCUCCAAAGAGCCUCAUGGCUACAAACCGCUUCGUCUGUGAGAUCUGCAACAAAGGAUUUCAGCGAGAUCAGAAUCUUCAGCUUCACAGAAGAGGGCAUAAUCUGCCGUGGAAGCUGAAGCAGAGAACCAGCAAGGAGGUGAGGAAGAAGGUUUACAUAUGCCCUGAGGUCACGUGCGUCCACCAUGAUGCGUCACGCGCUCUCGGAGAUCUUACUGGUAUUAAGAAACAUUGGAAGCAUGGGGAGAAGAAAUGGAAGUGUGACAAGUGUGCGAAGAAGUAUGCGGUUCAGUCGGAUUGGAAGGCGCAUUCUAAGAUCUGUGGAACCAGGGAGUAUCGCUGUGAUUGUGGAACUCUCUUCUCUCGGAGAGAUAGCUUCAUCACUCACAGAGCCUUCUGCGAUGCCCUAGCUGAGGAGAGCGCAAGAGCAAUAACAACAAAUCCAUUAAUGAAUCAAAAUCCAGUUCUCUUCCCAGCUCCACCACCACCACCCAUUAAUCCACCACCACAAUUUCCUCAUUUCAUCAAAUCAGCCACACCAGAAACAAACCAAAACCUACAAGACCAGUUAAACACUCUUAAAAAAGAAACACAGAAUCCACCUUCAUGGCUUAACUACCAUGACUUCCCAUUCUCUCUUUAUGCAACAACAAUCUCUCAAGAGAAUGCUAUUCCACAUCACUUGAUCUCAGCUCCAGCUCCACACAUGUCUGCCACUGCAUUGUUACAGAAAGCAGCUCAAAUGGGAGCUAUCAGUUCAUCAAGUAACAAGUCUAUGCCACAAGGUUCUGUGUUUGAUGAUAAUGGAAGGAGAGAGGAAGGAAGAAAUGGGAACGAUGGGCUGACAAGAGAUUUCUUAGGAUUGAGACCUAUAUCACAUAGAGAUCUUCUCAACAUGGCUGGUAUUGAAACUUGUAUCACUACUUCUUAUGAGAAUCAGAAGAAGAAGUCAUGGCUGGAGAAUUAGAC